AUGCCGUCGUAUCGGCCUUCGCAAAUUUUGCUGUCCACGAAGGUCCUUCCGUGCUGUCAGGCUGAUCGGCCGAGGCAACCAAGCCACUUCCCGGUCAUUUCCAAACUUCCUUACUCGACCCCGGAGAAUCUCCAGAUCCUUCUGAUGAAGAGCUCUACUAUUGCGACACCGGAGGGCGCACCUAACGGGAGACCUGCAAAGGCAGAAGUGGGCCUAGGGCGUCUAAAUGGUGAUAAGAAACACUGCUGGAUCGCGUACAAGGAAGUAGGCACACUGUUGGAUUCACUAACGCACCCUGGCAUCGUCCUACGAGCACUGGUGAGUGCCGCAAGUAGUACGGCCCUGUCUCUGGUUGCAUUUGAUGUCGCAUUUAUACUCAAGGACCUGGCAAGGACUCGAGCGGAUAUGGAGGGUCUGAACACUGCCAAAGUAACGGAUAUGGAAUACGCAAAGAUUUUUCUGUCCGAUCCGUGCGGUACCGCUGUUUUCAUGCCAGUUGAAAUCCAAGCACAGAGUUAUUUAUUUUCUCUACCCAUCGUUAGCUGCGAUACAGACGAGGCGGAUGAGUAUCCCAUCUUUGGGGAGCCUGAGGCCGAAGGAAUCGAAGAUGAUUCCUCCGCUCUUGAAGACCAGAUUCGCAUUACGUCCCCCACAACUUCCUCCACGACCUAG